GAGACGCUACGCGACUACUACAGGCUGCACUGGACAGCGUGCUCCAAGAUACUGGACCUCCUCAUCACGAUGCCGAUCCUCUUCCCGAACUACCCUCAGCUGUACAUCAACGCGACCCACGCCCCCUCGACCCUCGUGAUGGUGGGGAACCCAGCCAUGUACCACAGGACGCUAGAGGCCGCCGACUUGAAUUACACGAUCUACGCGAAUCCAGAGGCUUCGCUCAAGCCGAUCACCAUCUUGGGGUGGAACCCCUUCUCGCUCAAGGGCGAACCAGGCCGACUCGACCUCAUCUCCGACACGUGCCGCAGCUACCAGCUGGAGCAGUUGAAGUACAUAGAGGACCACUACGCCUGCGCUUUGUCACCGCCUACUUCCCACCACGCCCCAACGUACCUGGACAACAACGAGCCUGGCGCCAUGGGUGUCAACGACUCUGGCGGCGACGAGACGGAGUUCGGCAGGUACGUCCACGACCAGAUGCUCCGCUACGAACUCACGGCCUACAACGCGCACGCGGACGUCGGCCACACGUACUAUGGGCCCAAACGAUCCCGCUCACGCAUCGACUACUUCAUUGGCCCCGACAACGUCACCGAAAUCAUCAAAUACAUCCGCCUCAAUUGGAAGAUCCACAAUAUCCUACGGUGCCUCCACCACGUCCCCGACCACAUCCCAAUGGCCAUGCAGCUCAAGUACACCGCCGCUCUCGGCGAAUUGGCUAUCAACGGGGGCAUGACGGCGAACCCAGCCUACGUCAGCAUGUACAUCGACGACCCCACCACCAUCCCGCGCAUGCUCGAGCGCGCCAACGACUUGGCACCGGUGGGGGAAUUUACAGGUGCACCCGACACCGCCGACGUCGAG